AUGUCGGUAUCUCGGCUAAAAGACCAACAAUUGUUAGGAGUAGCACGUACAGCAUCGAAACAAGAAAUACGUCGACGAUACCUUGAGCUUUGUAAACGACACCAUCCGGAUGUAGCACGUUCAAUGAAUAGUCAACAAGGUCCUGAUAUUCGAGACAUCACUGCUGCAUAUCAACGAUUGACCGGAAAACAAGCAUAUACAUCAUCACCCUCUCACCAUGAAAGAACUGCAUGGCAAGAACAUGCACGUAAACCACAAGAAUCACCUCUUGAAGACCAACAACAAUGGACACGUUAUACUCUCUUGACGGGUCUGGUACUCGUAGUGGGUAUUGUCGCUUAUGCUGGUCAUGAUCCUCGCCAUCACCCCAAUCCAUUGCACCACUACCGAUCGUCGCCAUGGGAACAAGAACAACAGCAACAACGCUUCAAUGGCAAUGUAGCCGAUUACCGUCAAUGGCGAAAGUCUUGA